AUGGGCAUGCCAGUAUAUUGGACAAGAGCAUUUCGCCCGACGCGGCCCAUUCAAGCGAAACUGAAGGAAACAGCCACACGGCCCAACCUUCAUUCCUCAGUCCUCACUCCCCGCAUCGUCUUCACUCCCGACCUCCGCCGCAUCUGGCGGCUGCGCACACCCAAACCAAACCCUCGCUCGCCGGCGCAGACGCCCUCGCCGCCCCUUGCUUCGCAGUUGGCGCACCAACGCCACACAUCUGGUAGCGAUUGGCCGCUCCAAGAAGAAGGGUAUGGAGGGGAGCGACCCGAUGGCCACGCUCACCGACGACAUCCUCGUCGACAUCAUCUUGCGCCUGCCGUACAAGUCCACAUGCUGCUGCAAGUGCAUCUCCAAGCGUUGGCGCGGCCUCAUCUCCCACCGCCACCACCGAAAGAAGAUGCCGCAAUCCGUCGCCGGCUUCUUCUACGAAGGAGCCUUGACAUCUUGGACGCCUGCAAUGGCCUCCUCCUCUUGCCGCUGCUUGAAGGCUGCUGAUCCCCUGUGGUAGGAGCUAGGAUCCUACCUGGUCUAGGGCGUAGGUUGUACGGGAAGGGGGAGGGUUGACGGAGAUGCGGUCGCAGCUGCCGGCGGCGGGGCACCGUGGCGCGAUGAAGAAGAGGCGGCGGCGGCGCAAGAGGCGGCUAGGGUUAGGUCUCCCGACUCCCUUCGGGAAACCGAGCAAAUAAUGAUUGCUUCUUGCUUGA